AUGGGCAACCGCGGUCAUUUGUCAGCCACUGCACGCAUUCGCGCGUACGCCACCAUCAGACGACGGCGGAUUCUCUUUCCCGUUAAAAGCUGCCUUGUUCGAUGCAAACCUACUUCGCACUCAUCGUCCUUUGGGACCUGGCGCAAGGGUCCAGCCGAAGCCAAACGAUGGUCCACAAUCAAGACCACCCUGCCACGGCUGCCGCCGCAUAGCGAGCGAAAGACAACAACCACCGGCCGCCUCACGCUGCGACCUUUGCAGAAUGACAGCCACGACCUGGCGGCACUUCACGCUUUGCGCACGGACGAAAAGGUGAUGCGUUGGAGCCCUCGAGGAAGGGUCGAUGCCAACUUGAAAGAAACGUACGUCCACGAUCUUGAGUUUCUUGCCGAUCCUUCAUUGAACUCCGAGCACUUGGCCUAUGCGAUCUGCCUAAAGUCCAACGGGGAGUUUAUCGGAUACGGGGGUCUUUCUUGUCGCCCUGAAUUUGUCGGUUGGCCGGCAGUGAGUUUCGUAAUCAAGAGUGAUCUCUGGGGUCAAGGGUAUGCGACCGAGUUCUUGGAGGGGUUUGUGGACAUGUGGCGGAGACUGCCACGGAAGUUGGCUGUGAUCAGAGUGCUCGUGAACACGGUUUACGGUGACAGUGAGAUCAAGGAUGAGUGCCUGGCUGGUAAUCCGACCUAUGACAAUGUGGCGUGCCACCGUGUAUUGGAGAAGAGCGGGUUUGAGAAGCGCGAGGAAUUCGACGAAUACAAUCACAGAAGGAAGAAAAAGGAGAGGCGCCAUGGAUGGGUUAUGAAGAAGAGCAAUGCGCAUUUCCUUGAAGAGCAGCUCUCUGCGCUUCAAAUUACAGGAUGUAAUUAG